AUGUCGUCCACACCUCUUCCAUCAUCAACAACACGUGUGCAAUCAGCGAAUAAUAAAAUAAAUGAUGAAUUAUCCAAUGAUUCGAACAAACUUAUUUCAGUAUCAAAAAAUUCUUCGCGUCCACCAUCAGCUAACAAACAAGUUGAAGUUGCUUCUGCUGUUGAUAUUCAACCCGAAGACAUCGAAAGUCGACCGUCAUCAGUCAUCAACAUUGAACCUAUUUUCGCAUCGACUCCUGUAAGUUCAAGGCCAUCAUCAGCUAUUGAAGCAAAGAAUCCGGAAAUAACCAAUGUAAGACCUCCUUCGGCUAAUAAUAAAAUAAAUGAUUUAACAACUAAUGAGCCGAGCUCACUGACAGCAGGCCCAAGAGUACCAUCAGCGAAUCAGAAACAGAACGAAGCUAAUCCGAAUGCUGCUGCUAGCCUCUCGGCAUCUCGACCUUCAACAGCUAAUAAAAACCAACAAGAAUCAAUGACAAACUGCGCAUCAACUAUAAUUGAUUCAAAGGAGCCUAAUAUUACACAACAAAUUAUAGAACGUCCAUCAUCUGGAAGAGAAAAAUCAAUCCAAGGUUCCGUUGGACUAACUACCCUUGUUGCUGCAAUUCGACUCAACAGUAUGGCAUCAACUGAUAGCGAUCAAGCUGUCAAUACAAGUGAACCAACAUCUUCUACUUGA